AUGGAGCUUCGCCGGGCACCGUGGUGCUGCGUUGGAGCUCUUGGCGUGCCGUUGAGAGCUGGAACAGAGAUGCAGAUGCAGAGCUACGUGCAGAUGGCGGAGGAGCCAGAGAAGGAGCAUAAGAAGAUGCUCGACAAGCUCUCCCACCAAGCCGACGAUAUGAAGGGAUCGUACAAGAAGUUAAUGACAUAG